AUGUCCAACUCGGAGGAGGCGCAGGUUACCAUCAAUGGAAUCGCUCGAUCAAAGCAGGGGUACCCACAGGCUUGGGGAAAAGAUGAUCGUGGAAGGUCAUAUUUUUUCCCACCACCGUGGGUUGAACAAGCACGUCUCCAAAAAGGCAAGCGCUACACCGUGCAGGCACAGAAACAGAAUGGACAGCCCAACAUCUAUGUGAUCGACGUGAAACCAGACUUGCAUCCAAACGUGAACCGGGACAAAUGGCGCAAGACGGCGUUUGAUCAAGGGCUACCGGAAACAAAGCCUGGCGAGCCGGUACCGCUCGAGUUUGGCUGUUACUGCUGCGGAACAAAGAUCGUGGACAGCGCCACCAUCCACAAGAUGAAGGGUGGUUCUGUGUGGACCAAGGGCAAGCCCCUCACCCUGCGCCCUUACGGAGAAACCAGGUCAAACCCCAGCAAGAACAACACGCCCUAUCAGCAAGCCUGCUGUGCAAAAUGCAACUUUAAUCUGGGCACAUUUUACCCCCAAAAAUACGAGGCCGACGAGCAAGACCGCGAUGAGCUUCGCCAGUUUCCCUGCUACAAACUAAUUUUUCAGCGGUCCACCAAGAAAUGCCCCUUUUACAAAGCCCAGCAUUUGCUGCUCCUCGGUGAGAAAGACAGUGUCGAGCGCACGUUCCAACAGGAAUUUGGACGACACGUACGUGUGCCAGCCCGCGUGGAUACAGCAACCCACCCCUUGGCAUGCCAGCUGCGGGAGACCCACCUUGCACGCCUUCAAGCGGAGGACGAACGUGACAGGCUUGCCCAGGAGGUGAAGGCACUACAGGCCGACGCACAGGCUGCUCGGGAGGCGAUGGAGGACGCCGCGCGGGGGGAUGGAGCCGACGAAUACGGAGUGCGAAUGGAUCGUCCAUGCGACGGGUACCGAGGGCAGACAGAAGUAUAUCAACUAUCGCACGCCGGUGCUGCCGUUGACCGCAGUCCCGGGGCCUUGCACUACAGCGUUGCAUCAUCACAGUUCCUCCUGCUGCUCAAGCGCGAUGUGGUCGAGCUCGGGCAGAUCGAGUUGUGGCACAACAGGGCCAUCGAACGACGAUACCAAGAGAAGCGCCGCUCCUUUGAGGCCGAGGGCAAGCCCAGUGACGAGAUUUUCGUUUUUCAUGGGACGAACAAGGCAGGCUUUCUCGGCAUUUGCAAAGACGGUUUCAAGGUCGGCGGGCUUGAGGUUGAGAUAAAGAACGCCGCCUAUCAUGGUCUCGGGGUAUAUACGGCAACAGGCCCCAAUACUCCACUGGCAUACUCUGGCGACUUUAAUUGUGUCAUUCUCGCCAAAGGUCUCGUAGGAGUUGAUGAGUCAGAUUCAAGGCGCCCCAGGAAAGAUUGGCACAUCUUCAGCGACAGCAGCCAGCUCCUGCCAAUUGAGCAGCACCUCCGUGAGCAGCAGCACCUCAACCAGCAGCGCAACCAGCUCUUCCACGUCUUCUUUUACGUCCUCCUCAACAUCAGUGUCCUCAUCCACCAGCACGAGCAGCUCAACUUCGACAUCCACCUCCACCAGAGUUCCUCCACCUCCACCUCCACCUCCACCUCCACCUCUACUUCCACCUCCACCACGACGCUGCGCUACGACAACGUCCACGGCCGCGUCCGGUUCCUCGGUCAAAACAUGACGGCUCAUCUUGAGCUCAUCCGCAAUAUCACCGCUCGCUUGCUCGGACUCUCCCCCUCGCGCAUCGAACUCUUUAACGUGCAAGCCUUCGUGCAGGACAUGGUGCCCGAGACCCGCGUAGACUACGUUCUUCUGGACAUUCUCGAAGCUGAUCUCGAGCGCAUGAUGCAGGGCGCUGAUAUCGUCUUUGGUCAGAACAGCCUGGCUGCUGAACUGCGUGCGGCACUCGGGUACUCUAGCUCCGAGCUCAUUGUGAGCCAGCUCAUUGCCCCGCGCACCACCACCACGACGACCACCACGACCACCACCACCACGUCCACCAGUCGGGUUUACUAUGUUGUCACUGUGCAGCUGGGUGGGCUUCCUGCUGGCACCAACCUCAGCAACGACGAAGCCCGAGGCAUCCUGCAAUCUUACCGUUCGCGCUUCGGCCUGGCCUUUGAUCUGACUUCGGCCCAGGCCGUCGUGGCACCCAAUGGUGCGCUCACGCUGAGCUAUGAGACCACCAAUGCAAACACCACUGUACUUGCAGCCCAGGCCAAUCAGACCUUCUCCGUGGCCGUCGACCGUGCUGUCGUCAGCCUGCAAGUGGCUUCCGUCUCGGCUGCCACUGGUCGCCUCAGCACCGUGGCGCCCACCAGCUCCACGGCUAGCCCUGAAGGGGCCCUGACCAAUGGUGCCUCUAGUAGUGAUAACAACAUUGUGGUUAUCGCUGGUGCAGCGGCCGGUGCCGUCGUGGUCCUGCUAGCCUUGAUUGCCUUCAUCAUUGUGCAGCGCAAGCGCCGUGCCAAUAGUCAGGAGGAGGCGCCCACGGAGGAAGAGAUUUUGCGCAAACGUCGCGAAAUCGAACGCUCUGUUGCUCCCGCCAUGCCCCAGCCUCGCACCGGUUUUGAGCGCUUCCGGGACCCCGAGCAACAAGGACCGGACAGCUCAGCCCCUCCCAGGAUCCGCAAGAAAAAGAAACGUGCCCCCGGAGCGUCUGGUGCCCCCGGCAAACCUGGAGCCCAGGGUCGCGUACCAAAGCCUGCCGUGAGCGGUCGACGACCGCGGAGCACGGGAGGCCCAGGCGGUGCUCGUCGCCCCGCAUCGCGCCACAGCGAGACGGCGGAGGAUGACCCACGCUUGGAUCUGAAGCGAACCGGCUCGCGACUCGACAAGGUGGCCAUGAAAAUGCUUUUGAAAAAGGGUGUUUUGCCAGACCGCAUGCCCUCACAGGCCACGCUAGAAAACUUGCCACCCCCGCCGAUUGCCGAGGCGGGCCCAGCUGCCGCGAUGCCUGACCCCGAUGAUUGCUUCGAGCUGAAUGACGUUGAUGAUCUGGAUCGCCUCACGGCCGCACUGCCAGAGAACAUUGACGACAUUAUGGCCGAGAUGGAAGCCGAGGAGCAAGCCGGCGAGCUUCCCGGCGGCGGGUACUUUGAUGUGGCGCUUGAAGACGAGUAUGGGGCGCCUGAGAAAGCACGCGAUUCCUACUUUCAGAUUGACCUCGAGUCGGAAGGCGAAGACGAGAACGACAAUGAACCGGGCCCCAACGCCUCAUCUCCUGAUCAGGUGGUGGGAAAUCAUGCCGUUCCUUAUGAUACCACCACUGCUAGGCGGAACACUAAUCCUCAAAGGCCUGGGCGGGUGGAAAAACUACAGUAUAAUUACGAGGGGUUGUUUUCGUUUUACCAUCCUUCAAACAGCAACAACAGUUUUCAACAGACAUUUACAACGACCUGCCCAGCGGCUCAGUCCAAGAUGGCGCAAGCUGGCAUCCAGGCUGAUUGGGAGGCCCGCGAGUUUAUCCAGACCGUCUCGGCCAGUGUUGGCCGGAUUGCCGAGUUUUUGAAUGCAUUUGAUUCUUCCACGCGGUAUCGAUUGGCUGAGCUCAAUCAGCGCCUGACCUCGCUUGAGCGGUCUUUGGAGUUUGUGGAAGCCAAGGUGGCCAAGGCCAAAUCCGUCAAUCAAUAGCCGAGCUGUGCUCGCCGCCUUUUGUUGAUUGCGUGCCUCUUCGUUUUUUUCGUCAGGUGUUUUGUGUCGCUCCGAGAUGGAUCGGGGUGGGGCUUGAGCAUCUCCCCCGAAACACAUUGCCUCGGCUAGUCGAGUGGCUGGCAACGCUGUUGCAUCUGCUAUCAGUGCCUCUCGGUCCUACUGUUCUUACUGAUGUGUGAUCCAGAUCCCGUGUGUUUCCGUUGGUAACUUUGAAGUGGAGGCGCGCCGCCUGUCCGUGGCACACGAGCGUUUGUCUGAUUCAAAUCGAAUCUUCACCUCGCCUCUGUGCAGCCUCAGGGCAGGAUGGCGUCCAUUCUUCUUGCCAGAGGGGCUUUUGAGUGUUGUCGUAUGGAGGCUGU